CUGUGCGCCACAUCGAGAACCGACGCGUUUAUUUGUUGACGUGUUUUUACUCUUUUUUGGGUGUUUCAUGAAUUUCCCCGGGCUGACCGGCUUGUGAUCCAUUUAUUUAUUUUUGGUGGCAUGUGACGGUGACUGAGGCUGAGGCGUGUUUCUGUCUGACGGAUAUGACCGUGGAGGAAGAGCAGGAAGCGGCUGCGGUUAUUAUCUGAUCUUCUUUGUGGAUGUGACUUUUAUCAGCGCGCUUGCUAGCUGUUGAAUGGCAGCCAAAAAGAACAAGGAGAAUGAGUGAGCCUCGCCGGUUUUCUGUGGAUGGUGUUAUACAUACAAGACAUUAAGGAAAACAAAAAAAUCGACGUGUCUGCAAGUAGGUUUGAGUGUUUUUUUGUUGUUUUGCGCUACCGUCCGUUUGACACGGACGCGCUGUGGGGGCGCGGUCACAGCAACAAUGCGGAUUACACCUCCAGACUGUUUGCCUUUGUAUUAGCAGACUGACUGCAUAAAGUUCAGAUCUCAGUCUGCCGUUUGUUUUUAGAAAUAUUUUAUCAUCCAGACGUAAAGAAGGCAAUACUGCGUGGGAGACAAACCCCACAUGUGCACGGACUGUCUGUGAAACAUCAUCGACUGAAAGCAGACUGAGCUGCAGGGAUGGCGAACGACUCCAUUCAAAGUGACCCAGGUGGGCUGUCUGUCCUGGAGCAACUUGGUCUGGACCAGAACUCAGAUUUCUCUGACUCUGGCGUACAGCAGCUUCUGGAUGAGCAAAGAGAACGUAUCCGCAAAGAAAUACGCAAGGAACUGAAGAUCAAGGAGGGAGCUGAAAACCUGCGCAGGGCUACUACUGACAAGAGAAACGCACAGCAGGUUGACAAUCAGCUACGGAGUUCCAACCGCAAGCUUGAUGACCUACAUGCUCAGCUACAGGAGCUUGAUGCACACAUUGUGGUGAAAGGAGGAGAUGAAAAUAAAGAAGAGUGUCCUCAGUCCCCUGGGGCAGUGAGUCGGACUUCGGCCCACAAAGACCGCAUCGCGGCACUGGAGAGACAGCUCAACAUUGAGCUUAAAGUCAAACAGGGAGUUGAGAACAUGAUCCCCAUCUAUGCUAAUGGUUCCACAAAGGACAAGAAGAUGCUCCAGACCGCUCAGCAGAUGCUGCAGGAUAGCAAAACCAAGAUCGACAUUAUUCGUAUGCAAAUCCGCAAAGCUGUGCAGGCCACCGAGCAGAAUGGCGACACACAGGGUAAUCAGGACUUGUGCGGGGUGGAACUGCGUAUUGAAGAACUGAGACAUCACUACAGGGUGGAGCAUGCUGUAGCUGAGGGAGCCAAAAAUGUUCUCAGGCUCUUAGGGGCCAACAAGAUCCAGGACAAGAAAGCUUUAUCUGAGGCCCAGUCUCGCCUGAGUGAGUCCUCCCAGCGGUUGGAUCUACUGAGAGACUCUCUUGACCAGCGUCUGGUAGAGUUGCCAGAGGACCAUCCCAAGGCCAGUGUCAUCAAAGAGGAACUGGCCUUGGCCUCCUCUUCUGCCUUCAGUUCUCGCAACAGCACCCCCUACCUUCCCAACCAGUACAGCACCCUCAAUAAGCCCUCACCUCUCACUGGUACCUUACAGGUGCAGUUGUUGGGCUGUGUGGGAUUGUUGGAGGUGGUCCCAGGGCGCAGUAAAGGAACAGCUAUGAUGUUGCCCUGUUACAGCCCUGGUGACACCAGGUCAUUCAUGAGGGGCAGCAAGGGGCUAUAUGGACGCAGCGGCUCAGUCAGUGGGAAAACACCCAGCAAGAUGGAUGAGCUCUCAUCUGAGGUGAGUGCAGUGCUAAAGCUGGACAACACCGUGGUGGGUCAGACCGCCUGGAGGAUUGUAGGAGAACAAGCCUGGGACCAGACUUUCACUGUAGAGCUAGAAAGAUCGCGGGAAAUGGAAAUCGCAGUUUACUGGAAGGACUUCCGUUCACUGUGUGCUCUGAAGUAUCUGAAGUUGGAGGAAUUCUUGGACAACCAGAAACACAGAGUUCAGCUGGAGUUGGAGCCACAGGGCCUGCUGCUGGCUGAGGUGACCUUCUUCAACCCUGUCAUUGAGAGAGCACCUCGUCUCCAGAGACAGAAGAAGAUCUUUUCCAAGCAGCAAGGGAAGGCAUUCCUUCGAGCUCGUCAGAUGAACGUGGAUAUUGGAACGUGGGUAAGGCUGCUCCGGAAUGCCAUUCCCACUGGGAACAACUCAGGAACCUACAGUCCAAAUGCGCACAACCUCACACUCAACACAGGGGAGAUCUCUGUGGAGAAGCUGAGUCUGGACAGCGAGUCUCCGAUAAGGAGCGAUUACAAGAGAGAAGCAGAGACACACACACCGGAUCGACCGCCCGUCAUUGAGCAGCCUUUUUCCCCCCCAGACCUCACCCCCGAGUGCCCUGUCCGAUCACCAUCUGUUGGCAGUAAACAGAAAAAAGGCCCUCUGUCCCUGCAGGACUUCAGGCUGAUCGCUGUGUUGGGCCGAGGACAUUUUGGGAAGGUAUUGCUGUCAGAAUACAAGAAGACGGGCACAAUGUAUGCCAUCAAAGCUUUGAAAAAAGGUGACAUCAUAUCUCGGGAUGAGGUGGAAAGUCUGAUGUGUGAGAAGCGCAUCUUUGAGACAGUGAACAUGUCGCACCAUCCCUUCCUGGUCAACCUGUUUGCGUGCUUCCAGACACCAGAGCAUGUGUGUUUUGUGAUGGAGUACACAGCGGGAGGUGACCUGAUGAUGCACAUCCACACUGACGUCUUCACAGAGCCACGAGCCAUGUUUUAUGCAGCCUGCGUGGUUCUUGGACUUCAUUUCCUCCAUGACCAUAAGAUUGUGUACAGAGACCUCAAGCUCGAUAACCUGCUGUUGGAUAAAGAUGGUUAUGUCAAGAUUGCUGACUUUGGGCUUUGUAAAGAAGGGAUGGGCUAUGGAGACCGGACCAGCACGUUCUGUGGUACGCCAGAGUUUCUGGCUCCUGAGGUUCUAACAGACACAUCCUAUACCAGGGCAGUAGACUGGUGGGGACUGGGCGUCCUUAUCUAUGAAAUGCUGGUUGGAGAGUCACCAUUCCCAGGGGAUGAUGAGGAGGAGGUGUUUGACAGCAUUGUGAACGAUGAAGUCCGGUACCCACGCUUCCUGUCCACUGAAGCCAUUGGCAUCAUGAGAAGGCUGCUACGGAGGAAUCCAGAGAGAAGACUGGGAUCUGGUGAGAAGGAUGCAGAGGAGGUGAAGAAGCAGCCAUUUUUCAAGAGUAUGGACUGGGAAGCACUGCUGCAAAGGAAGGUGCCGCCUCCUUUUGUCCCAUCCAUUGGAGGCAAGGAAGACGUCAGCAACUUUGAUGAGGAGUUUACCACCGAAGCCCCGGCCCUCACACCUCCACGCGAGCCCCGCACACUCUCUCGUAAAGAUCAGGACAGCUUCAGGGACUUUGACUAUGUAUCUGACCUCUGCUAGUGUGCCCUUGACAAAACAGGACCACAGUGACAUUUUGAGGAAACAUACUUGUCUCUACUGAUCGUCACAAUGGGCUGUGUUUACCGUUACCUACACUGUGAAUGAAUGUCAAGAGGCAGAGAAUGUGCACGCUGGUUCAUCUGUCAGUUUAAUUGUGGACUGACCAAAUAAAUGCUGUGACAUAAUUUUAGAAGUAAAAAUGUCCUUAACAAUGACUUUUGUUACAUGAAAAAGGACAAAUCUUACACCAGUUGGACAGCACAGUGACAGAUGUCAUACUUCUGUUAUACACGUAGAAUAACUAGUUGCCACAGCCCUUAAAAUACCUCUGCACACUCGCAUGUCAGUUUAGUUGUGUAUUGAGCUGAGAGGCGGAACUCGCUGUCCCCUCAGACUGUGACUGUUUGGGCCUUGGCCGGUGGCCUCACAUAAAUGAUGCCUUACGUUUGUACACUCUCCAUUAAAAUGCAUUGUUUUUGUUUUGAUCUCUGGCACAUUUUUGUGACCUUCUAGUAUGUAAAAGAGUGAAACCAUUUGCUGUGUCAAUGCUUUCAGCUGUACUUUAAAAAAAAUUGUCAAAGAGAGUGAGUUUGUACUCAAGAUUUGUAUGAUUAAUAUUCAGUCAUGCAGACUGAUGCUAGUCAAUGUCAAUGUCAAAUAUGGGUUAGAAAACUAACUGAACAAUAAUGUAUUUUCUGGAGUUCCUCCCUUUUUGUUUUUUUUUUUUUGUUUGUUUGUUUGUUUGUUUUUUAAAUGUGCUGCUUGUAAAUUUAAUUUGUGACAAAAUCUUAUGAUGGCAAUUUUCUGACAAGCCACAUUGGUGAAAUUUGACUACUUGCUGCAUUAUUAAGAAAAUACUUUUUGGCCUUUUGAAUUGGAUAGAGGUGGGUGCUUGUAAAAAAUCAGUUUCAAAGCUACAGUGCCUUGCAAAAGUACAGUAUUUGGCCCCUUGGUAUUAAACACAUUUUAAUUUGUUUUUGCCAUUUCAGAUGCAAAAAGUAAAUCAGGCUUCAUGUUCAUGUAUCCAUCCCUUGACUUGUCUGAAGAAUACUGGCAAUAAAACCAUUCAGUACGUUAAUGUUUCACAUAAUGGCCCUGACGGCCUCCUGCACUUUGCAGAAUGCACCGCGGUGCCAGCAGAGUUACGUCAUCUCACAGCGCAUGUAAACACUCACAAGUGAGGCUGUGAAUGGCGUUGAUCCAGCCUGUUCAUGAGUAAUUAUGAUGAUGACACAUUCUCCCAAGUUGAGAGGGUUAUCUAGAGAAGGUGUAGCACCUGUGAUGGACCCAGUGUUGUCUUGUUGUCCAUACUUCAUGACAUUUGUUAACAUUGUACCCUGAAGUGGAACUCUGCUGAAACUGACCUCUCGUGUGAGUGACAGACCGUGAGAUGGCACAAGAUUCACAACUGCAAAACACAGAAUUACUUAUGGAACACAUCAUCUUGGCUUUCAUAUUUUUCAUUAAUUUAUAUCAAGUUGUAGAGAUUUGCUUUGAUGUUGAAUUUAAGGAAGAUAAUUUUAGAUUUUUUUUUAUAUAUUGAUAAGCCUAGUUUACUUUUUGUAUUUUAAAUAGCAUAAAUAAAUUUAAAUGUGUGAAAUACCAAAGGCUGAGUCAUUUAUGACUCUGGGCAUAUAUAUUUUUGUGCACCAUUUCUCUAAUUUUAAUGAGGAAAAAAGUUUCCUACCCUGAAUUUGUCAAUCUGUUUGUCCUGCAUUUGUUCAUAGAAUUUUGCAAGGAUCAUGUGAUCCAUGUGGCAAGUAUAAUCCAAACUUGUGCAGGGUCACUUAUGACCCCCACCAGGAAGAUCUCAGAUUUUCGACAUUAUAGCCUCUGGUGGUAUUGUAAUUUGCCAACUCUAAUCCUUAUACUUUACUGUUUUGCAGGGAAGCAAGGCCAAUAGACCUAGCGUUGAGACUGAUUUUUGAUGCCCAGACUGAAGAUAAAAAA